AUGGGAUGUGCUAUUAUUGUUUUUACAAUUCUUUGUAUUUAUUGGGUUAUGGAUGCAAUUAAUUAUAAACCAAUUCUUAUUUGUGAUAACGAUCCAUGCAAACAAUGGACUGAAGCAAGUAAAGCAACUCAUAACUGUGAACUUGUUGGAUUUAAUUGGAUGCAUUUAGCUUCUAUUGUUGAGUACUUAAUUACUGCUAUUACUAUUGUUGUUGUUGCUGUUCCUGAAGGACUUCCAUUAGCUGUCACUAUUUCAUUAGCUUAUUCAAUGCAACAAAUGAUGGCAGAUAAUAAUUUAGUAAGACACUUAAAGGCAUGUGAAAUUAUGUCUAACUGUAGUAAUAUUUGUACAGAUAAGACUGGAACGUUAACCGAAAAUAGAAUGACUGUUGUUAGAGGAUGGUUUGGAGGAGAAGUUAUGGAAAGAGACAAACCAUUAGAUCUUAAUAAUACAAAACUUGGUGAAGAAGUUUAUAAUAAUAUUUCGUGUAAUAAAUCAAUUUCAUCUGCUGUUUAUAUGGAAGAUGGAAUUCUUAAGACUAUUGGAAAUAAAACUGAAUGUGCACUUCUUGGUUAUUGUUUAAAACAAAAUAUUGAUUAUGAAGCUCGUUAUACUAAAUUGUCGUCACUUAUUUACCAACAAUUUGCAUUCUCAUCAGCAAGAAAGAGAAUGUCUACAAUAGUUUAUAAUGAAGAUAACACUCUCCAUAUGUUCUUAAAAGGUGCUCCAGAAGUUAUUCUUUCUAAAUGUUCUAAAUAUAUGAAAAAAGAUGGAACUACUGUUAUUUUAACUGAAGAUGAUCGUAAAAUACUUUCAGAUUUCCAACUUUCAUGUGCUAACCAAGGAAUGAGAACAUUGUCAUUAGCUGUUCGUGAUUUAUCUCCAAAAAAUCCAUCUAAUUUAAAUGAAAAAUAUGAAGAAUCUCCAGAAGAGGACUGUACUUUAUUGUGUGUCUUUGGUAUCGAAGAUCCAUUAAGACCAGAAGUUAUUGAUGCAGUAGCAAGUUGUCAUAGAGCAGGCAUUACUGUUAGAAUGGUUACAGGAGAUAACAUUGCAACUGGAAGAUCAAUUGCUAAACAGUGUAACAUCAUUGAGAAUGAAUCUGAUUUCUGUAUUGAAGGACCUCAAUUUGCUAAACUUACAGAUGAAGAAGUUGAUAAUAUUAUUCCAACAUUAAGAGUUAUUGCAAGAUGUUCACCACAAGAUAAAAAAAGACUUGUUAAUAGACUUAUUCUUCAAGGAGAAGUUGUUGCAGUUACAGGAGAUGGAACAAAUGAUGUACCAGCAUUGAAAGAAGCUGAUGUAGGACUUGCUAUGGGUAUUAGAGGAACUGAUGUAGCUAAACAAGCAUCAGAUAUUGUUAUUUUAGAUGAUAACUUCAAUUCAAUUGUUAAGGCUGUUAUGUGGGGAAGAUGUGUUUAUGAUAAUAUUAGAAAAUUCCUUCAAUUCCAAUUAACUGUUAAUGUUGUUGCUCUUGCAUUAUGUAUUAUCGGAGCUAUUACUAAGAUGGGAUCCCCAUUAAAAGCACUUCAAAUGUUAUGGGUAAAUAUGAUCAUGGAUACAUUAGCUGCAUUAGCACUUGGAACAGAAAAACCAACACCAUCUCUUUUAAACAGAAAACCAUUUGGAAGAAAGGCAUCUCUUCUUUCAAUUAAUAUGCUCAGAAAUAUAGUUACACAAGCCAUUUAUCAAUUAUUUGUUCUUUUAUUCUUAUUGUAUUGUGGUAGAUAUAUUUCAUUCCUUAAUGCACCAUGUGCUUAUAUAAACCAUGGUGAUUUUGGACAAUAUGAAUGUGCUGAUCAUAAAUUGCAUACUAUUAACGAUAUUGAAAAAGAUACUACUACUAUUCAAACAAUGAUUUUCAAUGCUUUUGUUUUCUGUCAAAUAUUUAAUGAAAUUAAUUCAAGAAAAGUUAAUGGAGAAACUGAUGUAUUUGAAAAUAUCUUCUCAAAUUAUAUGUUUGUAGGUAUUGUUUCAAUGACAAUUAUUGUCCAAACUCUCAUUGUUGUAUUUGCUGGUCCAAUCUUCUCAGUAUCUCCAUUCCCAGGAAUUGGAGUUAUUCAAUGGAUUACAUGUCUUGUUCUUUCUAGUUUAUCUCUUGUUAUAGGACAAUUUGCCAUUAGAUAUCUAACAGAACCAAAAAUCCUUCAAAUAAAAGAAAAGCUCUUUGGAAGGACUAAGAGUGAUUAA